ACUUCAACACGACUGCUAACCGUAGAAGAAGACAAAGUAUCGAGUCCAUCCGGGUUCGGUUCAGUGGCGCUCCAGUGGACUUUCAUAAUGAGUAAAUGAGAUGCUGAUGAGCUGACAGCGACGCAGUUUAACCAAAGGAGAGAGGAAUGUCAGCUGAGUUGAUUCAGACUCCAGUGCAGCUCUAUCGAUACCUGCUCAGAUGCUGCAGACAGUUACCCUCUGCAGCAAUGCAGCAGCACUACCGCCACGCCAUCAGACAGGGUUACAACAGCCACUCGGAUGAAGACGACCCAGAGAGGAUUCAGAUGAUCAUCCAAAGAGCUAUCACAGAUGCAGACUGGAUUCUUAAUAAAUACACCACGAAGAAGUGACUUCCGUAAGGCGGCUGUGUGUCUGCAGGGGUUUUUUUAUUUAACAGAGCUGCACCUGAUGGAGGCCGUAGCUGCUGAUGUCCUGUGUCUGUGUUCAUAGUGCUCAUGGUGUUAUUUGUUCUUACUGUUUUGAGAAUGUAGUGAGAGGAACACCUGUGUGUAAAUAUGGUUCUCUCUUUUUCAUUAAAUUAGUUUUGAAACUUA